AUGUUUUCUUGUUGUUAUGUUGCCUCACUUUUGCUUGGUGCAUUUUUACUAUAUUGCAGGAGAAAAAUUUAUGAUGAGUAUAAUGAUGAGGUUGUAGAACUCAAAAAGAAAGAGACCAAACUUAUUAGUAGAUUGCUUGAAGGAAAGGCACCAGAUGCUGACUUUGAUCCAUAUGCGCCUUAUGUUGACUGGUUCAAAUGGGAUGGUUCUAAACAUCCCCUUUCAAAUGCACCUGAACCCAAGAGACGCUUCACUCGUUCACAGAGCGAAGAUAAAAUGGUUGUUCGCUAUUGUCGGGCUAUUCGUAAGGGGUUGAUUAAAUUUGAUGAGCCUAAAGAAGAACCAUCUGUCUACCUCUUGUGGGGAGAUGAAUCCAACUCUAACGAAAAGUCUGGGCAUUUAGCUUAUAUUCCUGCGCCGAAGCCGAAAUUGCCAGGUCACGAAGAGUCAUACAAUCCCUCUAAAGAAUAUAUCCCUACACAAGAAGAGAUUAAUGCUUAUCAGUUAAUGUUUGAGGAAGACCGACCUAAAUUUAUACCUAAAAGGGUGGAAUUUGAGGCUGGAACUUUGAAGCUAGGUCAGGGAAACUUGAGGAGAGGUGGUACUGAAGCUAAGCCAAGCAAGGUUGCUUUCAACCGUUCAAACCAGACUCUAGGAGCUUGUUGCAACUCAUAG